GCGGUCCGUCGCUCCUCUUCGCUCGGCCCUUUCGCCUGCGGAUUCGGGAACUCUCGGCGCCCUUGGGCUGCCUCAGGCUCCGGCCUGCAGGGAUCCCGUCCGAGGCCUGCCUUGGGGGCUUCCUGGCUGGUAUUGAGGAAAAGAUGGUGAAAACCUAUACCAGCCUUCCGAUCACAGAAACCUGGUAUCUUCCAGCAAGGCUUUUGUGGCUACUGUGAAACGGGUUUUUGAACAAGUGGAAAGUUAACUUUUGUUGCACAACAAGCCAGGGAAGGUGUACAAACAUUCUCACAUCAUGAUAUCUUCCAUCAAUUAUAUGGGUGUUGAUAGUCAAGCAAACCUAAAAAGGGUGCAGAAUCCAUCAUACAGGCCACGUAAACGAAGAAAAAAGAUCAGCAAGGAUGAAAUGUGUAAAAUUUUGGAACUUGCUGACCAUCUUGAUUCAUUCAUAACAAAGUUUAUGGUAGUGCCUGAUAUCACUGUCUCAUUUGGACAUCCAGAACUCGUGGAAGAGGCGUGUGCUCUUCUUUCCCUAUCAAGUGAAGAUAAUAGCUUGCCUCAGCUUGUCUCUUAUGACGCUACCUUUAAACUUGGUGAUUUCUAUUUGUCUCCCAUAGUCAUGAGAAACAUCAAAUUAAAAGGCAACCCAGUAUUCCCUUUGGCUUUUCUCCUUCAUAUGGAAAAAAUUACAUCAUGCCAUCAGGAUUUCCUGUGUGAAAUAUUUACAAAAUUGGGGACAGAGCAUAUGAAAAACAUACCAUUUGUGACUGAUAGAGAAAAGAGUAUUAGAGAGCCCUUGCAAAUGAAGUUCCCACACAUCCCAAAUGUGUACCACAGGAAUCAUAUUAUGAGAGAUGUCAGCACCUGGAUUAAAAAGCAUAGAGGGAAUAAUAAUGACCCUAAGGUUUUAAAAGACCACAUUGCACUGUUUUUGAAUUCAGCAUCUGAGGAAGAAUACCAGCACAAGUAUGAACAGUGUAGUCUCCUGUGGAGGCCAUCCUUCAAACAAUACUUUGAUAAAGAACUGAAGGAUCUCAUACCAAAACACGCAGCCAGGUUUUUUAUUCAGAAAUUUUCAGCCUUCGAAACUGAUGUUACAGCAACCAAUAACAUUUGUGAAAGCAUGAAGAAGGUCAUAAAGAAUGAAUUGGAUUGGAAGGAUAUGCCUGCAGAUAGCAUUGUACACUCUAUGUACCGUAUGCAAACUUUUUUUCUUUAUGAAUUCCAGCGAGCGUAUUGUGGUCUCGGAAAUUAUGCACUCAAGGAACAGUUUUCAUACUUGUGCAGAACAACAGGAGAGUCACAAUUUCCAUUCUAUCCUCUGGAGACAAUUUUUGAUAGUAUAAAAUCAGGCAAGUGCCCCCCAAUGAAAGGUGUAGAAAAAACAGAAGAUAACAGAGAGAGUCAAACUUAUCUGGCCCAACUUUGCAUAGAAUCGGGCGGAGUUGUCCUCUUCCCCCAGACUGCUACGUUUGCUGUGCAAGAUGUUAAUGAUCGCAAAAUGCAUGCUGUAAAACUUUAUCCUAAACCUCCCAUCUGUUCCUGUGCCAGUAGCGAUCUCUGUUAUCAUAUCAUAGCCGCUCAAAUGGCAAUUGGGUAUGUUAAAAAAGUUGAAAGGCGGAUAUAAAAAAGCUGGAAGAAAAAGGAAAGAGCAGAGAUCUAUGAUUAUAACAGUACCUGACUCAUUUCUGGGUGCAUCAUAGGAUGAAAAUGUUGUGCUGGGCAAUCCAGAGAACACUGAAGUUAUACUGGCUAGUUCAGAGCUUGAGAGAACAAACCCCUUUAGCCUUUCUGCCAGAAGAACCAUUUCUAACACAUUCUACCCCCAAAGUGAAAAAAUGACCACUUGGAAGAUCCUGGAAUACAGCGGCAAUGGAAAUGGAUGCAUGCUUUAUAUAAUUAAGUUUGGAGCAUGGGUGUGUGAUGAAACUGGAAGAAAAUUUUAAUCUGUCCAAUGUGUACAUCACAGUAUGACUCCUGGUGACACAGUUGAUAGACAUACAGACAGACAAAUAUAUGUUUAAUCUUUUCUGGAUAGCUAUAUGGGUUGUAAUAAGGAUACUGUGCUAGUUCAAUUCAAAAAUGAUAUCCCCAGUCCUGGGGCUCCAUUCUUCUUAAAAGGAUGGUUUUCAGUACAUUCUAGUAUUUUUUAAAAAGUCUGUUUCUUGUUUUAUUUGUACCUUUGCUAUGUUCUUAGUUUGUUUCAAUGGGAAAGAAAUGUUUCAGGCUCUGGUGGUAAGAUUUUUUGUAAGCAUCCUAUAUGGAAUGCCAAGCACAUUGACAUAAAUUAUGAUACACAAAUCUCUUCCUCAGGCUGGGUAUUCAUUCCCUUCGCCAUUUAAAGGUGCCACUUACCACCUUAUGUUAAUAAAAGUAUUGCUUUUUGCUGA